CUGGCUAGAUUUCCUGCUUAUGUUUCUCUCCUUGCGUUCAUCUCUUCGUCUUCUACUGUCAAUACAAUUGUGUAUCUUAGAGCGUACUGAAUCUCGGGCGAAGAUGCUGCGACAUCAUCGAACAACCCUCGCCGUGCUGGCAGUAUGGAUGGCUUCCUUGGUGCUUGCGCAACUCAAUCCCGUAGACCCGCAUGCAAAGGCCGCCUACUUCGUCACCAACACCACCACUGGCGCAGAAUACGUGGUAGCCAUGAACUUCGUUGAGAGCACAGGAGACAUCUACAUCCACAUGUCCGUAGAUUCGUCACGGAGUUGGGUGGGUGUAGGAAUCGGUGAUCAGAUGCAGGGGAGUCUCAUGAUCAUCGCAUACACGAGCGAGAAUGGCACUGGGGUAACGGCGUCACCACGUAUUGCCACGGGACACAGCGAGCCGGAGUUGGUCGGCGAUGGUUCAAUGUUUGAAAAGAUAUGGACCGACGAGUAUGCGCCGAAUUGCAACACUGCCACACCCAUCAUCAUGAUCGCUCACGGCGUCUGUCGAAACUGCUCGCACUUGAGCACCAACAAGCUCGACUACACCAGCAAAGCUCAGCCUUUCAUAUUCGCAGUGGGACCUCCUGCACAUCUGAAGGACGACAGCCUCGAUGCUCCGCUGAGAAGGCAUGAGUCCUUUGGCCGCUUCACGAUGGAUAUGACGCAAGCGACCACUCCGCGAGACUUCUCCGAAGGUGCAGACUAUGGGUGAGCAAUUGUACCCGUAAAAGCCUGCUUGCUGUCAAAGACUCCGCUAACGUUUAACCCUUCCUUCUGCAGACGAGUGCCUCCGCCUA